UUUUAAGGUUCCUAGAUCAUGGGUAGCUCUGGCUCGUGGUUAAGACUCGUCAAUGACGUUUUCCUUUUUGACCUUUUAGUGUUCACAUUUACUUAAUUUCACUUCAGUUUAGCUCUAAUAAGUUCAGUUUAUUUCAGGUCCAAUCAGUUCAGUUUAGUUCAGCUUUUAAUUUCCCUCUCUCAUAAAAUAUUAAUUUCACCUCAGUUCACUUUAGUUCCGCUCAAAUCAAUUUAAUUCUGCUCAGUUCAGUAAAUGUGAACAGACCCUUAGUCUUUUUUGUUUGUUUUUAGUUCCAUUUGUAAAAAAAAUAAAAAAAAAAAAUAGGAUUUUAUAUUUCUUUAAGAUUUUGUUACCCUUGGAUUAAAUUCUUGUAAGGUGUUUGUCGUUUCAAUUUAUUUUACAAUCAAACGUCAUCGUUUUAAAACACAACAUUUGUAAGCGGUUAUGAAAAUGUUAACGGUUGACUAUUUAAAAUUCAAAAAAUCCCCUCUCAAAUACAACCAACUCCCUCAUUAACAGCUUCUUUCUCCAUUUCUCCCUCACCAAAAUUUCAUUUCCAAACCCUUUUUAUCUCUCUUCUUCUUAUCCUCAUUCAUCUUAAAACAAUUAAAAUUCCCCAAUUUUUGUUGAGAGAGAAAGAAUUUAGUGAGAGGAAAAAAACCCCUUUUUUUCUUCUUGAAGAACACAGGAAAAUAGACCAAAAAAGCGUUCUUCUUCAAUCUUCAGCAAGGUGCAUUUUCAGAAAUUGUUUCGAAAAUGAAUGAUUUGAUGACGAAAUCGUUCUUAAGUUAUGUUGAUUUGAAGAAGCAAAUUCAAACAGACCUUGAAACAGAGCUUUCUGAUGCAGAAACAUGGAAGGAAUUAAAUCCAAUUGAUCAAGAAAAUCUCUCUGUUUUCUUCAAAGAAAUCGAUUUAAUCAAAUCCCAAAUGGAGGAAAUCAGUAAUCUUCUUCAUGAACUUGAGUCUCUUCAUCAAGAAUCCAAGACCACUCACAGUACUAAACUCCUCCGAGGGUUUCGAGAUCGAAUGGAUUCCGACACCAUUGCCAUUCUUCGAAAGGUUAAGUCUCUCAAGUCCCGCCUCGAGUCUCUCGAUAGCUCGAAUGUAAGCAAUCGAAGAGUAUCGGUCUCGUUUCGUGAAGGAAGCACUGUGGAUCGUACUAGGGUGGCAGUGACUAAUGGGUUAAGAAUCAAAUUCAAGGAUAUGAUAUUUGAUUUUACAGGGUUAAGGGAAACAAUCAUGAAUGAUCAUAGGGAUGAUCUAAGGAGGAAGUACUAUAAUGCUACAGGAGAGGCCCCAAGUGAAGAAACUGUGGAGAAAUUGCUGUCUGGCAGUCUGAAAAUCGAGGUUUUCGAGGGGCGAGUGGGAGGGGCAGACAAGGAGGAAAAGGAAAGAUAUGAGGUUGUAAAGGAUAUACAAAGGAGCUUGAAUAAACUGCAUCAAGUUUUUCUCGAUAUGGCGGUUUUGAUCGAGAAACAAGGGGAACAAAUCAAUGACAUUGAACAGAAUGUGGUGAAUGCAGGAGAAUAUAUCAGUGGAGGGACUAACAGUCUGUACUAUGCUAAGCAGAUGAAGAAGAAAAACAGGAAUUGGGUGCAUUGGGUUUGGGCUGUAGGAUUCAUCAUCUUGUUGGUGUGUUUCAUCUCCUUAAUUGCUCUGAGAUAAGAAUAAAUCAUGUGUUUAGGUUAAUUGGGGUUUAGAUUUGCUAAUGUAAAUGCAGUUUAUGGGGUUUUUUUUUUUGAGCUUUUCUGAGCUCUUUUAGUUGGCUACUUACCUAGUUUGUCAAUUCUUUUAGUUCAUUAGAUACAAAAAUUUCCAUGAUAUAGCACUAAUAAAAGUAUGUUUCUUGCUUUUAGUUCUUCGUGUGUUUCUGAUUAUUGAACUUCAUUAUGUCGAACUCAAUCAUUUUCCAGAACUUAUACCUUGUUAUAGCGUGAAUUGAAGCCUUUAUACGUCAUAUACCACAUAUUCUGUGAGCCAAAAUCUGGUA